AGUCCAACUUCCGCGUGUCUAGAGGGCAGGGGCUUGCGGGGCAUCUGCUCCCGAGUCCUCUCCGGGUCCGGCCGCAGCUGGGAAGAGGGAGCCGUGCGCCCCGCCCCUGAGGCUCCGCCCCGUCCCGUCCCAGCUUCACCGGCCAGAGGUCCCCGGGCCUCGGAGGCGGCCAGCCCGGGCUGGGUCGCGCGAUGUCUCAUGGAUCGGGGCUCGUCCGGACCACGUGCAGCAGCGGCGGCGCGCUGGGGCCAGGCCAGCCCUCGGAGGGACUGCUGGACCGGGUGUACCCGCUCACCCACGGCGCCCUGUUCAAAGUGGCGCAGAUGGUCACCCUGCUGAUUGCCUUCAUCUGUGUACGAAGCUCCGUUCCGAUCGACUAUGGUGCCCACAGCUUCUUCGAAGUCGUCACCAUGUGCGACCUGAUAAUGAUCCUCAUCUUUUACCUGGUGCACCUCUUCCGCUUCUACCGUGUGCUCACCUGCAUCAGCUGGCCCCUGUCGGAACUGCUGCACUAUUUAAUCGGCACGCUGCUUCUCCUCAUCGCCUCCAUAGUGAUAGCCUCCAAGAGUUACAACCAGAGUGGCCUGGUAGCCGGAGCGAUCUUUGGGUUCCUGGCCAGCUUCCUCUGCCUAGCGAGCUUGUGGCUGUCCUACAAGAUCACCUGUAUAACCCAGUCUUCAGAUGCAUCUGCCUGAUGAGGCCACAGCCUCUGGAGGACCCUCGCCAUGGCUGUGGACUCUUCAGGCGACAAGGCCUGUGCCUUCCCUGCUUUGCCAGGAUACUGGGCUCCUGGGCAUCUACAGCCUCCUUUCACAGUCUGCUGCAGAGGACAUCCCUCCGUUCUGGGCUGUUAGCACCACUCAGGUACCAAGGACUGCUCUGAGCACAGUAGAGAGACUUGUGGAUCUGCCUGCAUAGACACGCCUUUCUUCAUACCCUCAGGACCGAGACCACACAGAGGCCGAAGACCCUAAUUUAUCUGGCCUGUCAAUCUGGUCUUGAAGCGUCUCUAAGUGAAGAGCCAGAAGAAACACUAUGUGGCCAUCCUGUCUCCUGCCCCUAUCUCUGCCUUUGUCACUGUGGGUGGGGGUGGGGGUGGGGAGGUGCAUAGUUUUUAAUAAAAUGUCAAUUGCAGCA